GCAUAACGAUUUCAGAAAGUCCCCAAAAAAAAAAAAAAAAAAAAUAAAUAAAUACGAUUGUCUUCUCUCUGACUCUUAGCCGUUGAGGUUUCUUCGCCUCCAUUGCCCUAAGCCAAGUCUUUAAUUCCUUCUUGUCCUUCUUCUUCUUCUUCUUCUUCUUCUUCUUCUUCUUCCUUUUUUUUUUUUUGGUUUGUAUUUUUAAACAUUUUUAUAAUAUUUAAAUGUUAGCAUCGCCAUUGACCAUUCUAUUUUUCUUCGUUUUGGCAGUCAAGGUUUUUUAUUUCUUUUCCCCCUAAAACCCUCUCUAUUUUAUUUUAAUUUUUUUUUCUCUUCGUUUACUUUUGUCAAUUCUUCAAAUAAUCAAAAUAAGCAAUGCUUCUCUGUUGGUUCCAUUCUCGAUGAACGACUCUCAGAGCCCCUCUUUCUCCUCCGCCGACGACUCAGUCGACUCCGCCUCCGUCACCACUGCCGAUCAGAAUGUGGGACGGAGUCGGAGUCGGAGGAGUGUCGACGGUAGUCAAAUCCUGGCAUCCGAUCAAUUGCGACGGUGGCGUGACGUUUUCUGGUCAGGAAUAUUUACGAUUCAUUUGGUUAUUUUGGGAUCUGCCCUGGCGAUUCUUGGGCUUAAUAGGUUUAAGAAAAACGAUAGGCUAAACAUAGAUAGGUACACGGAGGGAAUCUUAGAGAACCAAAGGGGAUUGACUGAGAAUUAUUGGCCGCUUUACGCGGUUGCUGGUGGAGUUGGGACAGUUCUUGGAUGGACUUGGUUGUUGUUGCUGGGUUCUCAAGCCAAUUACAUGAUGAAGGUUUCGGUUCACAUUUUGACUACUUAUCUUGCUGUGAUUAGCGUUUUGUGUUUCUGGGGGGAACAGUUUUUCUGGGGUGUUGCUUUUGCGAUUGGUGCAGCGUUGCAAUUCUUCUACGUUAUAUCCGUGAUAGAGAGACUUUCAUUUAGCAUGCUGGUGCUGCAAAAAGCUGUGAAGAUGGUGUGGAGUCUCCCUGAAGUUAUGAGAGUAGCAUGUGCAUUCAUGUUUGUUUUGCUUUUAUGGAUGGCAUUAUGGUCUUUUGGAGCAGCUGGUGUUGUGGCUUCAAGCAUGGGUGACAGUGGACGCUGGUGGCUUCUUGUGGUACUCUCUGUAAGCUUAUUUUGGACAGGUGCAGUCCUCUGUAAUACCGUGCAUGUUAUAGUGUCUGGGAUGGUGUUUCUUGUUCUUAUCCAUGGUGGUCGAGAAGCGUCAUCGAUGCCUCCAAACUCAUUGGUGAAGUCUCUAAGGUAUGCUGUAACAACUUCUUUUGGGAGCAUCUGUUAUGGGUCACUAUUCACAGCAGCUAUACGGACACUGCGGUGGGAGAUCAGGGGGGUCAGAUCAAAGAUUGGCAACAAUGAAUGUCUACUUUGCUGUGUUGAUUUCCUUUUUCACAUUGUGGAGACCCUUGUUCGUUUCUUCAACAAGUAUGCCUAUGUUCAGAUAGCUGUUUAUGGAAAAAAUUUUAAUAAUUCGGCAAGGGAUGCCUGGGAAUUAUUCCAGUCAACUGGUGUGGAGGCUCUUGUUGCCUAUGAUUGCUCAGGUGCUGUUCUACUAAUGGGGACACUGGUGGGUGGACUUAUUACUGGAACCUGCUCAGGAGUCUGGGCAUGGUUUAAAUGGAGAGACAGGAUGAUUAUGGUGGGAUCUACUACAAUGUUGAUGGGAAUGGUCUUGGUGGGACUGGCAAUGGUGGUUGUGGAAAGUGCUGUUACGUCUAUAUAUAUAUGUUAUGCAGAGGACCCCUUGUUGAUUCACAGGUGGGAUGCUGAAUUUUUCAACCAGAUGUCGGAGAUGCUACACCAGCGUCUUCAACAUAGAAGCGCUCGAGCAAGGGAAGUUCUAACUCAUGAUCGUCUUGAUAGCAUGCGAGAAACGAUUCCUGUUUGAAAAAAAAAAAAAAAAAUGUUCUCGGAAAAUUGUGAUAAUAUUAUUCGUUACUCUUUAAUUUAUUCAUUUAUAUGAAAAAGUUUUAUAUUUA